UGACAGUUGAUAGUUGUUUUUACAUUCGCAAAUUUUCGCUUUCCGCCAUCCUACGUUAAAGUUUUUGCAGUUGCAUUUAAUUGCAUUAUUAAAAUUCGUACACUAAAGUGUUUGCGUAACUGAUGUAGGGAAAUUUAAACAUGGGCCUUAGCUACUUCGAGAAUGUGGGAUAUUUCUUACGAAACUGCAAUGGUAAAACUUUGCGUUACGACCAAGCAUGCUUGCAAAUUAUAACAAAUGAGCAAUUAUCCUUCUGGAGUCAAUACGAGGAAUGCGAGGACUGUAUCUUGUUGAAGACAGCGGAUUUAAAUCAUACUGGAGAUGUCGUGAUAGAGACAUUCAGCCCUCUCCGUUAUUUGGUACAAAAUGAACAAGGUCGCAGUUGCAAUGGAACAUAUGCCUUUGGUGAGUUUGGACAGUACUCGCUUAACUUAACAAACGGUUGGCCUGCGGAAUGCCAACCUCGGACGUUUGGUCAGGUGGCUCGUCGUUCAUUAUUCUUGUCGUUGAUUGGCAUCUGCUUGAGUUCUGUGGAUGUGUCGUGGUGUGACGUGCGGCUGCCGGGCGUGUUGCAGCGCCUCGCAGCCAUGUACCUGAUAGUGGGAGCCCUAGAGUGCGCCUUCAUGAGGACCAGCCAAAAUAUGACACCAGGUCGUUCAUUGUUCAGAGAUAUUACCGCUGGAUGGCAACAAUGGCUCGCUACAACACUCCUUGUUGCCAUACAGAUUUGUAUAACAUUGACGGUGUCUGCGCCGGGCUGCCCGCGCGGGUACUCCGGCCCGGGCGGCCUGCACCGCACCGCGUUAGGGGAUUUCACUUUACAGAACUGUACUGGAGGUAUCGCUGGAUAUAUUGACAGGUUGAUUCUCGGUACAUCACAUUUGUAUAAGGGGGGUAGAUACCGCGAUGUGUACCAUACCAAGUUGCCGUACGACCCUGAGGGUGUGCUGGGCGUGUUGUCGGGGGUGUUGGUGGUGCAAGCCGGCGCGCACGCUACUCGCAUCAUGCUGGCGUAUAACCACGCUAGAGCUCGGAUAAUGCGCUGGGUGUUCUGGUCUAUCGUCUUCGGUAUAUCCGGUGGGGGGUUGUGCAUGUUCUCGAAGGAGGGGGGGCCCAUACCGGUCAACAAGCCGCUCUGGUCGGUGUCAUACUGCUUGGUGACAUCGUCUAUGGCAUUCUUUAUACAGGCUGUUUUAUACUUCCUUGUGGAUUUGAAGAAUAAAUGGGGAGGAAGGCCGUUGUAUUAUGCAGGUCAAAACGCAUUAUUCCUAUAUAUCGGUAGUGAACUUCUGAAACGCCACUUUCCCCUGCACUGGCAUAUAUCUGCGCCGUCGCACUCGCAGCUGCUGGCGACGCACGCCGCCGCCAUGUUGAUGUGGCUGGCGGUGGGCGUCGCUUUGUACAAGAAACGCAUCUUUAUUGCAUUGUAAUAAGGUAUGUAUUUGAAUAACUGUUUCACAGUAAGGAAUGUCAACCUUAAUACGUUGGGUUAAAGUCGUUAUUGUAACAGAUUUUUUUAAACAUACUAGUGGGAUUUAAAAAUUUGCUGCCUUUCAAAUAAACGCGGUGUAAAGUUUGAGCAAAAUUUGUACUAAUAUUUGCUUAUACUCAGUUUCUUCCUAAAUAUAACUUUAUACAGCGUUUUUUGUAAGGCUGUUUGAGUUGAAUUCGUUGGUCUGUUUCAACUAAAUUCAGCAAUUAUUAACGAUUUUUAUAACUAUGGGAAUUUAAAACUUAAGGCAUUUUAUUAAAGUCGUUAUUACUCUAAUGCAUCAUUUUUGGAUUAAAUAGCAGUAAUGUGGAAUUUUAAACCUUAAUGGUUUGUAUUUAAAGCUCUUUUCUCUUGUAAUUUUUUAAGCAGUAAUAUGGUAAUAUCAACCUUAAAUCAUUGGAGUAAAGACCUUUUUGAUCUUUACUUAAAGCAAUAAAUUUACAACAAUUUAAUAUUUUAUAGAAACAUGGGAUUAUGUACCUUAUCCCAUUGUGUUAGCGUUUUUUGAUCUUUUAUAACAAUAAUAUGGAAUAAUAUACCUUAUUGUAAGGCUUUAAAGUCUAUACUGCAUUAAAUUAUUAGAAUAUGGGAAUUUAUACUUUAUCUAUAUGCAAUAAGGUCGUUAAUGUUUUGGGUGGAAAAUAUAUUUUUCUAUUUUUUAAAUAAUUGCUAGAACUUUCCUUUGAA